AUGGCGGACGAGGUCGUGGAAACGAAGAUGGCACCCGAAUUCUGGAUGCACAUGGAGAGAAUCCAGGGCUACAAGACGUCGCUGGACAUGCUGGUGGCACGGAUGGAGGGGGUCAUGCAGAGAAAUCCAGAUGUAUUGAAGAAAUCUGAAGCAGCCCUGCUAACCCGAGCCCCGCCACCAACAAAAGAAAAAGGAACCCCAGCCACCCCAGCCGAUGCGAUGCGACGCAAAAGUAUGGAGAAGAGCCAGGAGAGGAACACAAAGACCAAAAAAACGAAGCGAAAGAAGUCGAACGGAGAUCUAGCGAUGGGAGGUGGUGGAAUGGGUCGAGCAUCGGGAAGUCGAAGAAAGAAGGGCGAUGCUGGAUCUGUUGUCUGUCCGAAUAAUGACUGUCCAUAUGAUGGACUCGCCGACCAAUUGUAUCGAUUUGCCGGUCAUGUCGAUAAGCCGACGCAGCCCAUCAUCAGGAAGCUGUCCGAAGCGUACCGCGAGCUGGCCAAGGCGGAACGCGUCCACCAAUAUCGUCUCGGUCAAGAUCUGCGAGAUCUUUAUGGAUAUAAAGACAAGGAAUACGCCACGCUCUUCGUUGAAAAGGAACGGCUCGAAGCAUCGCGCGUCAAAAUGGAUCUGGCCCGACAUGACGUGAAGAUGUGCACGAAAGUGGACCAGGUCGAGAAAAUGGGCUUCCUCUACGAGCAGUCUGUCAGCGUCUUUGAGGAGAACUGCAACAAGGUGACAAAAAUGAUGGAGAGCAUGGCCGACUGCAAGAAGCUCCACCAGACCAACGUCGUCGGCUCGAUCAACACCAUUCAGACUUACCACGACGACUCGUGCCAGAUUUUCGCGAAAGGCAAAUUCAAG